AUGUCGCCCGUUCGCUUCUCGCUCGCCGCCACCCUUCUCCUCCUUUGCGACUUGCCAUCCUCCCUCGCCGGUAUCGUCCGCCACGAUUGUCUCUCCCUACACUCAUCGUCGCUCACCGCCGACUGCGCCGACCGCUCCGUGCUCGCCAGCUGCCUUGCCGGCCUCACUGGCACCGCUCCCGACGACAUUCAAAGCUGCUUCCUUGACGCCGGAUGCUCCGAAGACGAGGCCGCCGUCGAGGCGGAGGCAAUUUCUCGGCGCUGUGACCGUCUCCCUCAAGGUGGCGACCUUCGCAGGCGGUACCUAGCACUGGACCUGCGCUCUCAGGUGUCGGAGACGGUCGAGCUCGCCGAGUUCCUGAGGCGAGACACCGCCACGCCGGCCCCGACCAAGCUCCACGGCGCAGAAUGCUUCACGACCUCGACCAUUGACACCACCACCUGCCUCUUGACCACCGCGGACGGGGUGCAGAAGACGCAGACGUGCACGCCCACCCAGGUGGCCAGGAGCGAGUGCGCCCCGGGUCUCAAGUGCACCAUCGGGGUCAACAACGAGGACAUCUGCAUGGUCCUGCACAACAAUCUCGAAACGGGCGGCAUCAUCAUCGCCAUCGUGUUUGCCGUCAUCAUCGUCGUCGGCCUCGGCUCACUCACCUUCCUUUGCUGCCGCGAUCGUCGUAACCAGAAGAGCAUGGCGGCCAAGGCGGAGGCUGUCGCGCUCGCCCGCGCAGCCACCAAGAAGCACCAUCAGGAGUCCCGCGCCCCGUUGAUGCAGGAACAACAGCACAUGCAGCGCGAUGGCGCUCCGGGAAGCCCGAAUCCCUUCAUGGACCAAGCGCACUAG